CACAGAUAUCAAAUGAUCCCAGUCCUGGUUACAACAUUGAACAGAUGGCAAAGAAGGGCACCAAGUAUAUAGAUCUGCCAUAUACAGUGAAGGGUAUGGAUGUGUCAUUUUCUGGGAUUUUGUCCUAUAUAGAGGAUGCUGCUCACAAACUGUUGAGUACAGGUCAAUGUAUGCCUGAGGAUUUGUGUUUCUCCCUACAAGAGACUGUGUUCGCUAUGCUGGUGGAGAUCACAGAAAGAGCCAUGGCUCACUGUGGCUCUCAGGAGGUUCUGAUCGUCGGUGGAGUCGGCUGUAACCUGCGACUGCAGGAGAUGAUGGGGGUCAUGUGUAAGGAGAGAAGUGCUCGACUUUUUGCCACAGAUGAGAGAUUUUGUAUAGACAAUGGAGCAAUGAUCGCACAGGCCGGAUGGGAAAUGUUCCGCUCGGGUCACGUCACAGAGCUUUCAGACUCCUGGAUUACACAAAGGUACAGAACAGAUGAAGUGGAGGUCACAUGGCGGGACUGAUGUUUGGAUUUGGUUAUUAAGGAAUUUCAGUGGCACUAAAUGUCAAGUUGUACUCCUUGAUCACAUUAUACAGCCUCAUGAAAUAUUCAGUUUCAUAUCCCAGUUAAAGGCAGAAUUGUCUAAUAUUUUUGUAAAAACACUGAAUAAAAAAUACCUA